UUGAAAUCGCAAGCAUUCUCCGUGUGUUCGUCUUCUUCCUCUGAUCAAAUUAGGUCACGAGAUCAAACUUUCUCCGGCUCUCGCUCCUUAUUACCCCGUUUUCCGUUGCUGAAGUUUCAAUUUUUGCGCUGAUUCGCCGCAUCGCUCGAGCUUUCUGUUGUAGAUCCCUAAUCUACCCUUGUCGCCCUCGCCAAUGCCGUCUGUCCUGUCGUUCAUCUGAUUCAAGUUGGGCAGAUGAUAGGAAAGUCAGGUGUUUCAUGUCGGUAAAGUUUCCAUCUUGAUUCGUUGCUUGUGCUUCUUGAUCGACGGUACGCUCGCUCGCUGUGUGGUCGCCGUUGGAGAGGCUUGUGAAGCUGGAUUCUCGAAAUCCUGCCCCCAUCCGGCCGCCGCCGCUGACAUCCACCUUGAAUCGGCCGCCGUCACCGCGGAACUGGAAUAACAUCCCUCGGCCCAACAUCUCCCCGGCUCUGUACGUUAUCCCGGAGUCGACUCCACUUCCAUGCUCUCCCUCUGCCUUCUCCCCGGCGUCUCCUUACAUCAUCAACCACAAGAGACGAGGACCGCGCCUCCUCAAGAGUGUGACACAGAGCGAUGCUGGUGGAAAGAUGCUGCCGCAGCUGGAGCCAAAGGCUGAGUCUGCGGCCCCAAAUGGUACCUACGCUAAGAUUGGUGACGUUAAUAGUCAGGAGAUUGGCGGGCAACAAAAACCUGGUGCUUCAAGCGGAGGCGAAGUUGAAUCAAACUCUAGUGUGGUUGAACUUCAUCAAGUGAAGCCUGAAGACAGAUUUGUGGAUAAUGGGCCUGUUAGAUCAGAUGAAUUGGCUAGACCUGGCUCUCUGGAUCUUGAAAGAGACAAGGAGAUCAAUGAUUUCUUCGAUCCCAACGGCUCAGUUAGCUCAUACAGCAACAAUGAGCUCGGUAGGAACCCUUCUACUCCUUCAGGGGAAUAUUUUGAUGCCUUUGAAGAGAUAUCCAGUGAUGGCACUUCACAAUCUUCCAGUUGGAAAUUUGAAGAGCUGCGCGACUUGAGGCUGAAUAUAUCGAUGGAAAUAGAGAGAUGCAAGCAAGCUGAAGAAGCAACUGAGGCCUUGCAAAACCAAUGGCAGAUGCUGAGUGAUCAUCUGUCAUCUGUGGGAUUGCAGCUUCCUGCUCCUUUAACUUUUCCUGUUGAUGAUAUGGAACAACCUGACAUUGAUCCUGCAGAGGACUUGUGCCAACAGAUUGUGGUUUCUCACUUUGUGGCUGAUGCUAUAGAAAGGGUUGUUUCUAGUGCCGAGGCAGAGAUUGUUUUGGAACCUUUGAUCGAAUCCAAGAACUUUGAGAUUGCUAGGUUACAAGACCGGCUCCAGUAUUAUGAAACUGCAAACAGGGAGAUGUCUCAGAGAAACCGAAAAGCUUUGGUCAUAGCAAUCUAUAAAGAUGAUUCUCACUGAUCAACAUAUACAUGAGAACAGAGAGCAUAUGAUAUUUGCCGUGUUUGAUCAUGCGUAACUGCGGUCGCAGAAUUGGCACGAGAACAACGCAACAUGCGCAAGAGGAGGCAGAGAUGGAUUUGGUCCUCAAUCGGCCUCGCUGCAACUCUCAUUGUAGCUGCUCUGGCACGGUCGUGUCAUCCUCUUUCAAGGUCUUCUUCUGCAGGCGAAGGCAAUGCUAUUGAGAAUCAUCGAGAAUGAAAGUGAAAGAAAAUUCUUCGAUCUAGUUGUCGCCUAUACUUUGAUCGAUGAAGGGGAGUCUUGGCAACAAUAGUAAAGUUGCUCCAGUAUAAUCUGGAGGUCAUGGAUUUAAGUUACGAAAAAAUCUCUUUUACGUACAAUCUCACAUUGACAAGAUAUUCGUGCACUGAGCCACUCAUUUUUACAUUUUGAUCGAUGUCUAGCAAUUGCGGUUUGGAUUGGAUUUGAAGAAUUUGGAUCGAGCACAGAUGGUUACUAACAUACUCAUGGUAUCUGAUUCCUUCCAUUUUAAACAUUCUCACCAACCAGCUAGAAUAUGCUGUUGGAAUUUAUUAUGCUGGAGAGAUAAUCAUCAGUAUAACUUUUUUUUAAAUUGCAAAAUUUGAUCUUAAUGUUUUUUUGUGUGGAACAUGUAGGCAAAGUGUUUUUGAGUAUUGUCUCUGUUAAAGUCUAUGGGUAUAAAAAUGAAAGGCUUGUCCCAGUUGUGUGGUCAUCCCAGUUGCCCACCGAGUGUUCGAUAUAAUAUGGACCCGGUGACGGCGGAGAAGGUCGCGGCCAGGCGUCGCCUUGGCCGCCUCCACGCGCUCUUCAGCUGCGUCGAGGCCUGCCUCGCGCUGCUGCUCGUCUUCUGGUCCUCUCUCCGAGGGUAUGCCACGGCAAGGCUCGCCGUCGGCCUCUUGGGCCGCCUGCUCACCGGCCACCUAUUCAUCUUCCUCCUUGGCAACGCGAUCGUCCUCGCCCUGCUUGCGCUGUCCUGCCGCCAUGUGGGAGCCAGAGACGCCAGCGGGGGCGACGUGUACGACCAGUUCCUGGCGUGCCAAAGCAGGGCUGCACCAUCGCACCCGACGUCUCUGGCGGCGGAGGCAGAGGAGGUGCCUACUCCCCUGCCGGCGAAGGAUAAGAAAAGCAGGGCUGCACCAUCGCGCCCGACGUCUCUGGCAGCGGAGGCGGAGGAGGUGGCUACUCCCCUGCCGGGGAAGGAUAAGAAGGUGAGGCGAGCGUGCCUGAGGCGCCGGUCGGUGAAGAUGGAGCGCCGGCGGAGUGGUACAGUGGAUCUCCGGCGGUCCGGCUCGGACGUCUCCGGCGUGGAGGCGAAACCUGACGUGGACGCCGAGGAAUUCCGGCGGAUGAUAGAAUCGUUCAUCGAGAUGCAGCAGAAGAGGUUCCAGCGAGAGGAAUCCAUGGCCGGAGUUUCCUCUUCCUUCCUGGAGGAACAACCACACACGUAUACUGUUGUAACUUGCUCCUGAAAACUUACU